AGAGGAUUCUUAGCUUGGCACUUGGUAUUCCACCAAGCAGCUACUGGGUCACCUUUCUCCGUAGCACUUCGGACAACUUUGCAACAGGCGCAAAAGCGGGAAAGGAGCGCUUUCGCUUCUCUCGACGCUGCUCUGCUAGGAUUCUUCGGCUGCCCUUCGGCGGGAGAAAAAGCUGGAAAUGAAGAAGGCCAUGCUGCUUUUGGUCAUGCUCUUCCUAUCUUCCGCGCAUGCCGUGGGGGAAGAUCUAGAAGACCAGCACGAGCUGAACUACUGGGCGGAUUGGUCCGACGGAGGCGAGCAGAACCAGGAGAAGCUGCCUUUCCCUUUUGAACACUUUCUUCAGAGGAUUGCCAGAAGACCCAGACCUCAGCAAUUCUAUGGCUUAAUGGGAAAACGGGAUGCUGGAUAUAGCCCUGUCUCACGCAAAAGAUAUAAAACAAACUCAUUUGUUGGACUCAUGGGCAAAAGAUCUUUAAAUUCUGGAUCUUCUGAAUGGAGUACCCUGCAAAUGUUUGAAAGAAGACGCAAAUGAGACAGUUUUGCAUUGUCCAUCGAAAUGUUUAAGUAGCCAGCUUAGUGUAAUGAAAAAUAGCCAUUGUAAGGAAUAUUUAUUUAUUUAUUUUUAAGAUGAAAAUUUCAAUUACAAUGAUUUCCUCUAUUGUGGCAGUGAUAUAUGCAUUAUAUGGAUAUGGCAAGCUUUACAGUAACAUUUCUGAAAUGAAUAUAGAAAUCAGUGGUGUUUCAAAAAAAGCACAUUAUUCAUCAUGUGAAAAAAUGUUCAACUGUAAAAAGUGGUAAGAAAUAAGAAAAGAGAAUCCUUUGUUAAUUUAAUAUUUGCUAACCUACCAAGUUGAUUUGUGAUCACAACAAAAAAAGAAAAGGAACAGCCCUGUAAUUUAUGUUAUCAAAAUUUGCUUGUAUAAGUGUAGCAUGUAUUUGUUUAUUUUGCCUCUUGCUUUCUCUCUCUCUCUCUCUCUCUAUAUAUAUAUACACACACACACAUACAUACAUACAUACAUACAUAUAUAUUUUAAAGAAAUUAAGUGAAUUUAAACAUCUUUACUUCAUUAUCUGAUACCUUGCUACUAUUCACAGACAUCUGAUAAAAAUAACACUCUAUUCUGAGGUUUUUGAAUUACACAUUUUAUGCAUGAAUAUCAUUAAUUAAAACAGAACCAGAAAAUUCUGCAGCUAUUUUAUCACUGCUUUCCUAAUCUGUUUUUUUGAGGCAGGACUUCUGCUAUGCAUUUAACAAAGAGACGCACCAGAUCUCAAUUUAAAAAAAAAGGAAAAGUAAGGAUUAUAAAUUUUAUUAGAUUAUCUGAGUAUUGUCCAUUAGUCAAUCUUGCCAGAAUUUCUAUCACUGGUAUUUAUAGUUUUUCCAUUAGCAAGUUGAGGAAGGCUGUAUAAGCAGAUUAAGAAUGGUCCAUGUUUGGUGACUAUCUAGCCUUCAGCUAAUACCUAAGCAAAUCUGGACAGAUGUGUAGUAGGUCAUUUCUAAAGUUGUCUAAAGUUUCUAAAUUUCUAAAGUUAAUGCAGUAAGAUUUCAAGAUUCACAGCUGAAGUCCUGCUCCAAGAAAACAGAUUAGGAAAGCAGUGGCAGGGAUGAGAAUCAUGAGGAUAAACUGCAGUUCUUGAACACACCUACUCACUCCGAUUAUAUAGUCAUUUCAUGACUUGGUUUCAAAGCUCCAAAUGACUAAAUAAGAGUUGAAAAGUCAUUUCUAUUACAUGAGCCCACUAAUGCUCAUCUGGAUUUUUGCAGGCAAGAUUUGUUGUUGUGUAGCCCUGAUGUGAUGGCAAUUAUGUGGAAAGAAAAUGCAUCAAUUUUAGGAUUCUAUUAUGUGAACAAAACAAUGUGAAUUACAGAGAGUUCUUACCACUUUUGAAACAUAUACAGUAAAUCUGUACAUCUUGCUUAGCCAUGGUAGAUCUUGUAUGAUUCACAGCUUCCCAUGUUGUACCAAGUUAAUCAAUUGUGAUUAAGCAAAUCAUGAUAUGUGAUCUUAUCUUUAUAUGAUAUAUUUAAUAUAAGCAGUCAGCACUUUUGUCAAAUCUAAAUCUACUGCCAAUCAAUUGCUACAGUGAACUGUAGAUUCUAGUAUGAUGAUUUCCUAAUGUUUUGCAAAGGAAUGGAGUCCCAGGAAAUAAACAACUUUAUAAUAUAUUCUAACUUCCUCUUCGAAAACAGAGAAACCUGAAGUUGCAUUUUGCAAGCAGCUCAGUUUUAUCACUUGCUAUUUUGAUCCUACAAAAAGUCAUACCCAGGUUUAGGGGGGAGAAAUCUUAAAGUGCUUUUCUUUAAAAAAAAAAGUUUAUAUUCUAUAUUUGGAUCGCUAUAAACUGCAAGCCUCUAUAGUAGUUUAGCUAA